CAGAUGAAUUCAAAUAUUGGGUAAUGAAAUAAAAAGGAGAGGAGUGUUCCCGCCAGCAGAAAGAGGGAGCGAUGGAGCAAACACUGAUCGGUGCCCUCAACCUCGUUUCUCGCAACCUCCCUCUUCCUUCCGAUCUCUUUGACGCCGUUUCUUCUAUCUAUCACGGAUCUAACCACCUCAACUCCUUCGUACGCUACCUAUUUCACCAUUACUCUUUGCUUCAUUUUCUCUCGUUAAUUCUGUACCUUCAAGAUGCACUGUUGAAGCAACGCCCUAAUGGUGUCUCCAGUUCUACAUUAAACAAAGCAAUCGAAAGCCGUUUUCAAACUCAGAUUCAGCAUCGCUUAGCUCAACUUGAAGGAUUGCCUUCAAGCAGGGGAGAAGACCUACAGACCAAGUGCCUGCUUGAGCUUUAUGGACUAAAUCUAGCAGAGUUGCAGAGGAAGGUUCGGACUGACGUAAGUUCUGAAUACUGGCUCAAUGUUAUAUGUGCAUAUCCUGACAGGCAACUGUUUGACUGGGGCAUGAUGCGGUUGCGUCGUCCACUUUAUGGCGUUGGAGAUCCAUUUGCCAUGGAUGCUGAUGAUCAAAUAAGGAAGAAACGGGAUGCUGAGAGACUAUCAAGAUUAGAAGUGCAGGCAAAAAAUCACGUAGAGACCAGAAAGAGAAGAUUUUUUGCAGAAAUACUGAAUGCUGUCCGUGAGUUCCAAUUACAAAUUCAAGCUUCUUUGAAGAGGAGAAAACAGAGGAAUGACGGUGUCCAGGCAUGGCAUGGAAGGCAAAGACAACGUGCAACGCGGGCUGAGAAAUUGAGAUUCCAAGCCUUAAAGGCUGAUGAUCAGGAAGCUUACAUGCAAAUGGUGAAAGAGAGUAAGAAUGAAAGAUUAACUAUUCUUCUUGAAGAAACAAAUAAACUACUUGUAAAUUUGGGAGCAGCCGUUCAACGUCAAAAGGACUUAAAACAAUCAGAUGGUAUUGAACCCUUGGAAGAUUCAGUAGCUGAAUUAUCAGAAUCAGUUGCUUUGAAGAAUGAAAUUUUUAAGGAAUCACCUCUUGAGGAAGAUGUGGAGUUGAUAGAUUCUGAUCAUAAUGGUGACACUAGUGAUUUACUUGAAGGUCAGCGGCAAUACAAUUCUGCCAUACAUUCAAUUCAAGAAAAGGUAACGGAGCAGCCAUCUAGUCUUCAAGGUGGGGAAUUAAGACCAUACCAGCUAGAAGGGCUCCAGUGGAUGCUUUCUUUGUUUAAUAACAACUUGAAUGGAAUUUUAGCCGAUGAAAUGGGGCUUGGGAAGACUAUACAAACCAUUUCGUUGAUAGCGUAUCUUUUGCAACACAAGGGUGUGACUGGUCCUUACUUGAUUGUGGCGCCAAAGGCUGUUCUGCCAAAUUGGAUCAGUGAAUUCUCAACAUGGGCUCCUAGCAUCACAACUAUUCUUUAUGAUGGACGGCUGGAUGAGAGGAAAGCAAUGAAGGAAGAGUUGUCAGGGGAGGGGAAAUUUAAUGUUUUGAUAACGCACUAUGAUCUUAUAAUACGAGACAAAGCAUUUCUCAAGAAAAUUCAUUGGAAGUACUUGAUUGUGGAUGAAGGGCAUCGUUUGAAGAAUCAUGAGUGUGCUCUAGCAAGAACCCUGGACUCUGGCUAUCACAUUCAACGAAGACUUCUGUUGACUGGUACCCCAAUUCAGAACAGUUUGCAGGAAUUGUGGUCCCUGCUCAAUUUCCUCCUUCCAAACAUUUUCAAUUCAGUUCAGAAUUUUGAGGACUGGUUUAAUGCUCCCUUUGCAGACCGAGUUGAUGUCUCUCUAACUGAUGAAGAACAGUUAUUGAUCAUUCGGCGUCUGCAUCAAGUAAUAAGGCCCUUCAUAUUAAGAAGGAAAAAGGAUGAGGUGGAAAAAUAUCUUCCCGGGAAAUCUCAGGUCAUACUCAAAUGUGAUAUGUCAGCCUGGCAGAAAGUAUAUUAUCAACAAGUCACAGACGUGGGCAGAGUUGGCUUAGACAAUGGUUCUGGAAAAUCAAAAAGUCUACAGAACUUGACAAUGCAACUCAGAAAGUGUUGUAACCAUCCCUACCUCUUUGUUGGAGACUAUGAUGUGUAUAAACGUGAGGAGAUUGUCAGAGCAUCAGGGAAGUUUGAACUUCUUGACCGUCUACUUCCAAAACUUCGCAGAGCUGGUCAUAGAGUCCUCCUUUUUUCACAAAUGACUCGUCUCAUGGACAUUCUUGAAAUUUAUUUGCGACUUCAUGAUUAUAAAUUUCUUAGGCUUGAUGGCUCAACAAAAACUGAGGAAAGAGGUUCCCUACUACGGGAAUUCAAUGCUCCUGACUCUCCAUACUUUAUGUUUCUCUUGAGCACCCGCGCUGGAGGUCUUGGUUUGAACUUGCAAACAGCAGAUACUGUUAUAAUUUUUGACAGCGAUUGGAACCCACAAAUGGAUCAACAAGCGGAGGAUCGAGCCCAUCGCAUUGGGCAAAAAAAGGAAGUUAGAGUUUUUGUGUUAGUUAGUGUGGGAUCUAUUGAAGAGGUGAUUUUAGAGCGCGCUAAACAAAAGAUGGGCAUUGAUGCCAAAGUCAUCCAGGCAGGGCUUUUCAACACAACUUCAACAGCCCAGGACAGAAGAGAAAUGUUGGAGGAGAUUAUGCGUAGAGGUUCAAGCUCACUUGGGACAGAUGUGCCAAGUGAGAGAGAAAUUAACCGCCUUGCAGCCCGAUCUGAUGAGGAAUUUUGGCUAUUCGAGAAAAUGGAUGAAGAGAGAAGGCAAAAGGAGAAUUACAGAUCUCGACUCUUGGAAGAGCAUGAACUGCCAGAUUGGGUAUACUCUCCACUAAAUAAGGAUGAUAAGGUCAAAGCUUUUGACAGCGGUAGUGUUACUGGAAAGCGGAAAAGAAAAGAAGUGGUAUAUGCAGAUACAUUAAGUGAUCUACAAUGGAUGAAGGCUAUGGAGAACGGACAAGACAUAUCUAAGCUUUCAAUUAAAGGGAAAAGAAGAGACCACCUCCCUGUAGACAAUCAUGCACAAGCCAGUGAUGACAUGGGGGCAGAAGAAAGGGUAUUAGAGUUAAGGAGUGAAAGUGUCCCCAUGGCCAAUGAGGGAUCAAGUGAAGAUACUUUCAAUGUGACCCCUGCCUCUAAGAGACUCAAGCCUGAAGAAAUAAAUUCCCAGAAACACGAAAACGAGGAUGUCAGAGUAAGUGGUUUGAACGAGCAUGUGUUUUCCUGGAAUACUCACAGAAAGAAGAGAUCGAGCUAUCUUAGCCAGGGUUCAUUAUCUGAUACUAGAGGGCAGAACUUGAACUGAUCGGAGUUUCAGUUUAGUCAUGGACACCAGAAACUUUCCCAACAUUUGAACUGUAAUUCUGCUUUUAAUUCUGUGAGUUUGUCACGAACGAGUUACCGGUAGAUUGCACUCGAUCAACAAAUGAAGAUACCAGCAAAUUCCUUCGGGCUGUUGUAACAUGUUUAUAUGCAUUAAUGUAAAAUCAAUCAAUU